AUGCUGCGCUUCCUCCGCAGGACCUUCGGCCGGCGCUCCAUGCAGCGCUACGGGCGAGGCGGCGGCAUCGGCGGGGGCCCCGGAGACGAGCGCGACGGGGCGCCGCGGGGGGCCGGGGCAGCCCCGCCGCCCCACCACGUCCCCGCGGCGGCGGCGGCGGGCGGCCCGGCGGCGCUGCAGUGCCGGGUGCAGCUCCUCGACGGCGCCGAGCUCAGCGUGGAGCUGCCGAAACAUGCAAAAGGUCAGGAUUUGUUUGACCAGAUUGUGUAUCACUUGGAUCUUGUCGAAACAGAUUACUUUGGCCUGCAGUUCAUGGAUAUGUCCCAGGUGAUGCACUGGCUGGACCUUUCGAAACCCAUCAAGAAGCAAAUAAAAAUUGGGCCACCCUAUGCGUUGCACUUCCGGAUCAAAUACUAUUCAUCAGAGCCAAACAACCUCCAUGAGGAAUUCACAAGGUACCUGUUUGUAUUGCAGCUAAGGCAGGACAUUCUUUCGGGAAAACUAAAAUGCCCUUAUGAAACGGCGGUGGAGCUGGCAGCUUUGUGCCUCCAAGCUGAGCUUGGCGAGUGUGAACAUCAUGAACACACUCCAGAACUUGUGUCAGAGUUCAGAUUUACUCCGAACCAAACUGAAACUAUGGAAUUUGAGAUUUUUCAAAAGUGGAAAGAAUUCAGGGGAAAGAGCCCUGCACAGGCCGAAAUGUGCUACUUGAACAAAGCCAAAUGGCUCGAGAUGUACGGGGUCGAUAUGCACAUUGUUAAGGGAAGAGACGGUUGUGAGUACGCUCUCGGGUUGACGCCGACAGGUAUCCUCAUCUUUGAAGGAUCAAACAAGAUAGGCUUAUUUUUUUGGCCUAAAAUCACGAAAAUGGACUUCAAAAAGAGCAAACUGACGCUUGUGGUGGUAGAAGACGAUGACCAGGGUAGAGAGCAAGAACACACCUUUGUUUUCCGAUUAGACAACGCUAAAACAUGCAAGCACCUCUGGAAGUGUGCGGUGGAACACCACGCCUUCUUCCGGUUGCGCACACCAGCAAACAGUAAAUCUAACCGGUCAGAUUUUAUCCGGCUGGGUUCCCGCUUCAGAUUCAGUGGGAGGACGGAGUACCAGGCAACGCACGGAUCCAGGUUACGCAGAACUAGCACGUUUGAAAGGCGGCCUAGCAAGCGCUAUCCCUCAAGAAGGCACUCAACUUUCAAAGCAAACAACCCUCUGAAAGUAUCUCCGCAUUGUGCUAAAAAUAAUCCAGAAGUCCAUAACUAUCAGCCCCUGUACCACCCAAAUCUGCACCUGGGCCAGUCACACUGGCAUCCCCACCCACCUGUGAAUGUCAGGCCACCCUAUCAUGAUGACAGGCUGUAUUGGAAGUGCGGAGGCGAGGACAGCAAUUUACGGUAUAUCCAGGAACAGAACCAGAAGAACUUGGGUGGGAUCCAGAGUCUGUUGUACCAGGAUAAGCUCAUGACAACCCUUUGAAAAGACAUCGGGAUUUCGUGUUCCAUCUUCAGUCUUCAUCACAUUCCAUAAAAUGUCUGUGUGUAUGGCAAAUAAGUUGUAGAA